CUUAUGGGUCAACUAAUGGCCACCCUGAACGAGAAACCACUUAAGAAGCCGAAAAUGGCAACCCUAGAAAAGUACGAUGGAAGUCGCACCGAGUUGCGGACAUUCCUUACUAACAUCGACUUGUAUUGUGAAUUUAACGAGGUACCUAACGACUAG